UUUUAUUUAAUUUGUUUAGUGAGUUUUGUGUUGUUUGUCAUUAACAACUUGAUCAAAUAUAAAUCCUUAACAACAGCUCAAAACUAUCAACAACUUUAAUCAUGGCGAAUGUUUCAUACCAGAUUUCCAAUUUAUUGGAGAAGAUGUGUUCAACAGAUAAAGAUUUCCGAUUUAUGGCUACGAAUGAUUUAAUGAAUGAAUUACAAAAGGAUUCAAUCAAACUUGAUGAUGAAUCCGAACGUAAAGUUGUUCGAAUGGUUCUCAAAUUAUUAGAAGACAAAAAUGGUGAAGUACAAAAUUUAGCUGUGAAAUGUUUGGGUCCACUCGUCAAUAAAGUGAAGGAGUUCCAAGUGGAAACAAUCGUUGAUACUUUGUGUACGAAUAUGGUGUCAGACAAGGAACAAUUGCGUGAUAUUUCUAGUAUUGGAUUGAAAACGGUGAUUUGUGAGUUGCCUUCCAACAAUCAUAAUCUUGUUGCGAACGUGUGUAGACGAAUCACUGGUCGUUUGAGUACCGCCAUCGAGAAACAGGAAGAUGUUUCGGUUCAACUAGAAGCUCUUGAUAUUUUAGCUGAUCUCUUAUCACGUUUUGGAUCAUUGAUUAUUGCAUUUCAACAACAAAUAUUAAAUUCUUUGUUGCCACAACUAUGUUCGUCCAGACAAGCGGUACGUAAACGUACCAUUGUUGCAUUGGGUUACUUUGUCCUAUCUUGCAGUCCUCAAAUGUACAGUAAGAUCAUCAACUAUCUUUUGGAGUCGUUGUCAUCUGCUUCAAACACAGCAUCUUCAGCAGCGAUUCAAUCAACAAAUCGUACAUAUAUUCAAUGUAUGGCAGCAAUAUGUCGUCAUGCUGGACAUCGUUUUGGUGACUACAUGGUACGUAUUGUACCGGUUGUUGUUGCAUACAGCCAAGAAGAUGAUGAAGAACUGCGUGAAUACUGUUUACAAGCCUUUGAAGCCUUUGUACAUCGUUGUCCAAAAGAGAUGACUCCAUACAUACCCACUAUAACUGAUCUUUGUUUAAAUUACAUGACAUAUGAUCCUAAUUACAACUACGAUUCAGAUGAGGACGACAAAGACGAUUUGGUGAUUAAACGUGUUGCUGUUGACGGUCAAGAUGAUUGUAUCAUGACUAAUGCAGGGGGUGCUGGCAUGAUGGAGACUGAAGACGAUAAUGGUGACAAUGACGAUGACAACGACGAGUACAGUGAUGAUGAUGACAUGAGCUGGAAGGUGAGAAGAUCUGCUGCUAAGUGUUUGGAAGCAAUCAUCAUUACACGCCAUGAACUCAUGGUCCACUUCUAUAAAUAUGUGUCUCCAGCUUUAAUAUCAAGAUUUAAAGAACGUGAAGAAAAUGUUAAAUCUGAUAUAUUUCAUGCGUACAUCGCAUUAUUACGUCAAACAAAAUCAUUGCCUAGCAGAGACACAGUAGCAGUACCUGUAACAGGAACAGCACAAGUUCCAUCAGAUCAUGUUCAACAGAUGAACCAAUCACCAAUCACUAUGUUACAGAAACAAAUACCAGACAUUGUGAAGGCUGUGCACAAGUUGAUGCGUGACAAGAGCAUCAAAACUAGACAAGAUUGUUUCUCAUUAUUGAAAGAACUUGUUACUGUUCUACCUGGAGCUUUAACCAAUCAUAUUGAAGCUUUAAUACCAGGAAUCAUUUAUUCAUUAGGUGAUAAGAAUUCAAGUAGCAACAUGAAAAUAGACACAUUAAACUUUGUACACUGUUUGAUAACAACACAUUCACCAGCUGUGUUCCAUCCACACAUGGGGGUAUUGAUGCCACCAAUUGUAGCUGCUGUAGGCGAUAGUUUUUAUAAAAUAACAGCCGAGGCAUUGAAUGUGCUACGUGAGUUGGUGAAAGUAAUACGUCCACUGGAAACACCAAUUGCAUUCGACUUUACAAUCUACACGGACGACAUUUACAAACACACGUUGAUCCGACUACGUGCUCAAGACAUCGAUCAAGAAGUGAAAGAACGUGCGAUUGCUUGUAUGGGACAAAUAUUGUGUAAUUUGGGUGAUUAUUUACAACGUGAGUUGUGCAUCUGUUUACCAAUAUUCUUGGAUCGUUUGAAGAAUGAAAUCACACGUUUGACCACCGUCAAAGCACUCAACAAAGUGGCAGCUUCACCCUUAAAGAUAGACUUACGUUCAAUUUUGGAUGAUGCUGUUCCUAUACUUGGAUCUUUCCUCCGUAAAAAUCAACGAUCGUUAAAACUAGCAUCAUUAACACUAUUGGACACUCUAAUACGUAACUACAGUUCUGCCUUAUCACCAGAAUUAUUACAAAAAGUGGUUGUUGAAAUGCCACCACUGAUCAACGAAUCCGAUUUGCAUAUCGCUCAACUAACUCUCACAUUGUUAACAUCUAUCUCCGAAUUACAACCGCUCACGUUGGUCGAUCAAACCGAUCUCAUUCUGCCUGAAGUCAUCACGUUGGUCAAGUCACCUUUGUUGCAAGGCGUUGCCCUUCAAGCAAUGCUCGAGUUCUUUCAAGUGCUUGUUCGUGCUAGAUUACCAAAACUGUCACGCACCGAUCUACUUGUUUUGUUAGUGCAACAAGCGACAUCUGUUAGCAACACAGGUGGUUCGAACAACAACUCAAACUCAAGUCAAAGCAACAAGAAUGUGAACGUCAACGUAAAUGUGCCAGUGUUGCAUAAACAAGCCUUCCAUUCAUUGGCCAAGUGUGUGGCAGCUGUUGUGAUAUCUGAUCCUCAAGAAGCCUUACUUGUCGUCGAACAGUUCUUAAAGGACUUGCAAGAGACACGCACCGAUGCUCAUCAUAUUUUUGCAUUAUUUGUUGUUGGAGAAAUCGGUCGACACAUCGAUCUAAGUUCAGUAUCGAAUUUAAAACCAGUGAUAUUGCAUUCAUUUUCACCACCAUCUGAAGAAAUUAAAUCUGCUGCUAGCUACGCACUUGGAAGUGUGGCUGUAGGAAACUUACCUUUGUAUAUACCAUUUAUUUUAGGGGAAAUUGAAACAAAACCCAAAAGACAAUAUUUAUUAUUACAUUCGUUGAAAGAGGUCAUCACCUGCAUGUCAGCAACUCCCAGUGGAGUUCAAUCGUUGAUGCACUUCAUACCAGCGAUCUGGGCACAACUGUUCAAGCACUGUGAAUGCAGCGAAGAAGGCACACGAAACGUUGUUGCUGAAUGUUUAGGCAAAUUAACCUUAAUCAAUCCACAAGACUUAUUACCCCGACUACAAGAUGCCUUAUCGUCACAAUCACCAUUGAUGCGUACAACAGUCGUCACGGCUGUCAAGUUCACAAUAUCCGAUCAGCCGCAGACAAUUGAUCCAUUGUUGAGGCAAUCAAUGAGACAAUUCUUGACCACACUUCAAGAUCCUGAUCUGAAUGUACGCAGAGUUGCAUUGGUCGCGUUCAAUUCAGCUGCGCACAAUAAACCAUCUUUAGUACGCGAUUUAUUAGAAUAUUUAUUACCUCAAUUAUAUCAAGAGACCAUAGUCAAGAAAGAACUGAUUCGUGAACUUGAAAUGGGUCCAUUCAAACAUACAGUUGAUGAUGGACUAGAUAUAAGAAAAGCAGCCUUCGAAUGCAUGUACACUUUGUUAGACACCUGUCUAGAUCGCUUGGACAUCUUUGAGUUCUUGAAUCAUGUGGAAAGUGGUCUUAAAGAUCACUACGACAUUAAAAUGUUGACAUAUUUAAUGGUAGCACGUUUAGCAACUUUAUGUCCAAAUACUGUAUUACAAAGACUUGAAAGACUAGUGGAACCAUUAAGAGCUACUUGUACUCUUAAAGUGAAAGCUAAUUCUGUUAAACAAGAAUAUGAAAAGCAAGAUGAAUUAAAACGAUCAGCUUUAAGAGCUGUAGCUGCUUUAUAUGCAAUACCAGAUGCAGAAAAGAAUCCAUAUUUAACAGAAUUUGUAGGACAAAUAAAAGCAACUAUUGAAUUACAACCAAUAUUUGAAUCAAUUCAAAAAGAUUCACAUCAAAGUGGAGGACAUCAUUCUUUGAUUGAUUCAAAUCAAAUGGACCAAAGUUAAAUAAAUCAAUAUUAAAAUAAA